AUGGCAAGUGCGAGAGCAGGUUCCCUGGGGCCCCUGGAGCGGCGGCCCCUCUGCUACGCCCCCCUGCAGCCCAGCACCAACCUCUACCUGCAGCAGCGCUGGGACCACGACCGGUACCGGGCCCACCGCCACCGGGUGAACUCAGCUCUGCCAGUUGUUGACACAAAAGGCAUCAGAACUCCUGCUCACGUGACCCUCAAACUGAAGAAGCUGCAGCUACAAGAGGAGCGGCUAGCCGACAUCAACCGAGAUAAUAAGCAGCUGUCCUCCAAACUCUCCGGGAUCAUGCAUUCCGGAGGCCAGGUGGACAACUGGAACAUCUAUCCCCACAGGAGUCUGAACGCUGAGAAGAGGCGGGCGGACCUGGCUCAGAUCAGCGCUCAGAACCAGGCUAUCUUCCAGCGAAUCACGCUGCGACAGUCAGAGUUCAGACGGCAGCUCUGGUUGGACGACUGGGAGAGGACAGAGCGGAGACAAAAGGACAUUGGACGUGACAGCAGAUGCCCCGCCCACAAACUGAGGGCCGAGAGGAAAGUCCAGUUUGACGUUGGUGACGUCAAAGAACACAAGCACCGGACAACAUCACCAUGA